GAACCCCAACGUCCCCUUCUCCCCUCCUCGCUCGCGCGUCUCUCGGAAACCUCUCCGGCGGCCGGCCACCCUCCUCGUCAGCGAUGGUGCCCCGUAGGCAUGCGAAGAUGGUGGAACUUGAAAGUGACGAAGAACCCUUGGUUCAUGAAGAGGCCAUGCUGGAAGAUGAUGAUACUGAUGAUGAAUAUGUAGAAUCAGAAGAUGAUUCAGAGGAAGAAGAGUUGCAGGCUGAACCUUCAAAGAAAGCCAUAUACAACAAGGAGCGGCUCCUUGAGAAACUUGAGGACAUAGCCUGGCCGGAGAAUGUGGACUGGAUGCACAAGCUUGCCAUUGAUCAUGACCAGGGGGAAAAGGUUGAUGUGAAUGAUGACCUUACCCGUGAGCUUGCUUUCUACACACAGGCUCUGGAUGGCACGAGGCAGGCCUUUGAGAAGUUGCAGUCUAAGAAGGUCCGUUUCCUCAGGCCGGCAGAUUACUAUGCAGAGAUGGUCAAGACUGACUCUCACAUGCACAAGAUCAAAGGAAAGCUCUUAUUUGAGAAGAAGCAGAUUGAGGAGGCUGAGGAGAGGAAGAAGGCGAGAGAGUUGAAGAAGAGGUCAAAGGAGGUGCAGGCAGAGAAGCUUAAGGAGAGGGCCAAGGAGAAGAAGGAGAACAUCGAGUCAGUGAAGAAAUGGAGGAAGCAGAGGCAACAGGGGGGAUUUUCUAAGGGGAAGGAGGAUGGGCCAAAUAUUAACUUUGAAGUCGAAGAAGGACUCAAGCAACAUAAGAAGCAGAGGCCUGGUGUUGCUCCUGGUGAUAGGUCUGGUGGAAAGCGAGGUAAACAAGGGAAGAACAGUAGGUCAAAAGAUUCCAAGUUUGGGCAUGGUGGUCGUAAAGGGAUGAGGAAGCAAAACACUGCUGAGACGACGAAUGACUUCAGAGGAUUCAACAACCAGAAGGGCGAGCCAGGAAACAAGAAGAGGAAAAUGUUUUGAUACAUGUUGCAAGAGUCUGUUCCUGCUUCCUUGUGACGCUAUUAUGUUCAUGCUGUUAUGCUGUCUAGCUGCAGUGCUUUAUCACUUGAUGCAAAAGUUAAGACUUUUGGUUAUGAAAUGCAGUUAAUCUUAAUAUUAGAAGUGUGCUAAGCUGCUUGUGUCUUCCUGUU